GGCGAGGGUGGGGCUACGCUUAGAGGCCUGACCAGACAGGACUCUCUUGGGUCCGCUCUGCUGGGCCCGGCUUUGUGGUUGAGGUCGGGUCUCUGCUACUGGCCCCGGGAAGAUGGUGCUGGGUGGUUGCCCGGUGAGUUACUUACUUCUGUGCGGCCAGGCGGCUUUGCUGCUGGGAAAUCUCCUUCUGCUGCACUGUGUCUCUCGGAGUCACUCGCACAACGCUACCGCCGAGCCCGAGCUCACAUCCGCUGGCGCCGCCCACCCGGAGGGCUCAGCUGGCGCUCAGAGCUGGGAAUAUGGCGACCCCCACUCUCCAGUCAUCCUUUGCUCUUACCUACCUGAUGAAUUUAUAGAAUGUGACGACCCAGUGGAUCAUGUUGGAAAUGCAACUGCAUCCCAGGAGCUCGGUUAUGGUUGUCUCAAGUUUGGUGGGCAGGCCUACGGUGAUGUGGAACACACUUCAGUCCAAUGCCGGGCCCUAGAUGGGAUUGAGUGUGCCAGUCCUAGGACCUUCCUACGAGAGAAUAAACCUUGUAUAAAAUAUACAGGACACUACUUCAUAACCACUUUACUCUACUCUUUCUUCCUGGGAUGUUUUGGAGUGGACCGUUUCUGUCUCGGACACACUGGCACAGCAGUAGGGAAGCUGUUGACACUUGGAGGACUUGGGAUUUGGUGGUUUGUCGACCUUAUUUUGCUUAUUACUGGAGGGCUGAUGCCAAGUGAUGGCAGCAAUUGGUGCACUGUUUACUAAGAACAGCUGUUGUCAUGGUCCAGAGAGACAUGUCUUCUGAAUUCAUCUCUACAGGCUCAAAACUCUUCCUUGAUAUCAGACCUGGCCAUUACUUUCCCUCUUUCGGGGGAAUAGGUUUGGUAAAGAAAGUUUCUGUGGACUCUGGGUUUACAACCCAAAUUUCACCUUGCAGACUAGAAAUGACAAGCAAACGUGUUUGGGAAUCAAGUAUGUACCUUUCCUUACAUAAAAAAUAUAAAGGCUAAUGGCUAACUUACAAGUUGUAGAGGGGUUUCCAUAAUGUAUUUCUGUACAUUGCUGUAUCUUCAAUACUUUAGAGCAAGUAAACCCAACAAGAUGAACACAGUGAAUAUUUUUAGCCUUGUGCCUUUUGUGACCUUAAAUCUUCCUGCAGAGGAGAUAUGAAGCUGAACCAAUGAAAAUCUUCAGCAGAAGUAAAAUGGCCAUGGAUUUUAAUACACAUUGAAAUUCUGACUUUCUGAAUUCAAGUUGCAGAAUAAAUUCUCCCAACCUGGAGUGCUGUUUGGUAUUUUCAGUAGGUAGAAUGAGACUCAAAAUUGUUUGUUUUGCCAAAAGCUGGGCAUUUGAAAUGAGCCACUCUAUUAAUAAACCCUAUUGUUACAUCAUUAUGCUCCAGAGGCAGUAUAUACCGUGCAAUAAUUUCAUUUCAAUUAUAUUUUGAAAGCCCAACAAUAAUCAGAUAUGUCUGGGUUUAGCUAUCCUCUUGGCUAUCCUAUCUGAAAAUUAGUUAUCUACUAGUUUAGAGAGUCUAUGUUAUAGGCUGGUAAGAAAGAUCUCCUACAACUAACUGUAAAACAAACUAAAAUUCUCCACAAUUAUGUAAGAUAAGGUGAAAAGCCUCAUAGCUUUGGGGGAAAAAAAAAGAUUCUUACUUAAAGGACAGAAUUACUGAGCAAUGGGUAGAGUUAAGAUGUAAUUUAUGGGGGCAAACAUAACACAUUCCAUCAAAAUAAGCAUGGUACUGGAAGCUCUCACUGUGGGCAACAGUAGUCAGCAGUUGCGAAAAAGAGACAGCCAAGCUUUUGCAUUCCCAAGUCACUGGGAAUAAAAGGAAAUAUCCUUAAUUAUAAGUGGUUUAAAAACUUAGUUCCCAUCCUUUGCAAUUUAAGUUGAAAAGAACUUUUAAAUAUGAAGUAAAAGGAGGACUUUCAGACAAGUAAAACUAAAAGCCCGAUAUUCAGGAUAAAUCCUAAAACCAAUCAUAAUAGAUUACUUAAGGACCAAGAAUCGGUUAAAAUAACACCAGAUACGUUCUAUCCUUAUGAAGCAGCUUUUCUAAAUGUUUCAACUUUAUCAUCCCUGAUUAAUAGGAUCACUGUGUUUAUAUUAUCAAAUGGUUGGCAAUUGUGUAAAAAUUAAAACAUUAUUCUGCCUUGAGAAUUCUGUACUACAUUGACCAUAACCUUGUUUGUAACAGUAAUAAUUAAAAUUGUUGUAGGUCGUCAAGAAACUGGAUCUCAUCCCCAGGAAAAAAAAAAAAAAUGCACUUAAAAUUUUGCAUAGAAUUUAAGGAGAUGCCAUAUUAAAAAAAAAAAAAAAACCUAACUUGUAAGAGAAAUCUGGAAAACAAAUUAAAAUCUUACCAAAAAUAAGGUACUACACUAAGCCACAAAUCCUGGUUCAUCCCACACUUGGGAAAAAAAAUCUCCUUCAGGAUAUUCACAAGCCCCAUCAAAAACAAUUUUCUUUAAAAACACCAACACUUUGGCAGCUUUCAGAUUCAAAAUCACUAAUGUUGCCAGGAGGAUAAGGAUGAGUAAAAAGGUCAAAGUCUAGAAGUUAUUGAAGGAUUUGUCCUAUAAAAGAAGCCCUCUCACAGAAAGCUCUGAGACCACAGGCAGGGUGAUCAUUAGAAUCUAGUAUUCCUCAGUGACAGUCCACAGUAGUCAAUUUGAAUUUGACUUAGAAAUGAUGCUCAUCAAAAAAAAAGAAAAGAAAUGAUGCUCAUCCUCUGUACCUACAAACCCUGGCCAAAUGUGGUACCACCUGAAAAACUGAUUGAGAAAGGUAGUAUUAUUAAAAAUUCUAUUUCCUUUGCA